AUGAAUGGUAACACUAUCCAUCCAGCCAACACCACAACAGCAGGAGGAUGUCCAGGUGUGGCAGCGCCCCCAAGAGGCUGGAGGGAAUUCUGUGAGCUGCACGCCAUCGCCACAGCCCGGCAGCUGGCCGGACACUACUGGAGCUUUGCCAGAGAGCGGCCACAACAUGACGUGCUCCCACCGGAGACCUUCUCCAAGCAGUUCACCGAACUCUUCCAGCAGCACUUUUGCUGCGAGGUCAACAACGAUGGCACUCCGCUCAGCCAGAACACAUGCUCCACCGCUACGGGUAGUGCGUCCUCCACCACUUCAGUGGCCCCUCCCCCUCCAUCACAGGCUGUGAUUGGUCGAUUGCGGAUCACAUCUUUGUCCGGGGUGCAGGACUAUCGGGAAGCAGGCCGCCCAAGUGGGGGAGCUGCUCUGUUUACUGUGGUGUCACCAAAAGUGGAGCCGGUGGUACUGAGUCGGGAGCAGGAGCAGCCGCUGGGAUGUGCCGCAGGAAACCCGGUGGUGCUCAGAAGGUCAACUCGUAGCAUCGGCAGCGGGUCGCUGCUGAUUCGUAGCCGUAGCAACGAGGAGAUCUCUGUCACGGAUCGUCGUCAGGUAUCUGAACUGUACUCCUCUGACUCCUCAACCUCCAACUCCGCACACGCUGAGGUCACACAUUUCUCCGUCAGCCAAAUUCGGCAGACAGUAAGACGGCUUCUCAAGAAACGGCCCAGCCCCCCAUCAUCCCAGGACCUGUAUCCUAGCAACCCCACAAACAACAACAACAAUCCCCAAAAUAAUGGCAACAGAGUGGGUGCAGUUUCCUCCACCAAUGAGGGAGUGUCAUCCUCCUCCUCUUCCUCCUGUCUGAACUCUGAAGCCACUCCCACAGCCUCUUCACACAUGUCUGUGGCUGGAGUAGCCUCUCACUUCCUGGGUCGUUUGCGUAGGUUACGCAGCGGAAGCAUGAGGCAGAGGAGGUCAGAGGUGAGCGGCUGCUGUAAAGAAGGGGUACUGAGGUACUUGCUGGUUGAUGACACUAUCUCAGACACUCAGCCCCGCUGGCAACGCUGCAACCUGCUGGUCAGGAGGAUCAGGGAUGCUCAAGUUGGAGGAGGAGAAAGAGGAGGAGGAGGAGGAGGAGGAGGAGGAAGGGAGAGGUACCAGUUGGAGCUCUAUGAUCCUCCAAAGGCUUCCAGUCCCAAGCUCACAACUCCCUGCUCAGACAUUCAAGAAGUCCGUCGUUGCAACCGGCUGGAGAUGCCUGACAACUUAAACACAUUUGUUUUAAAGGUUAAUCGAGGUAGUCUGAUAUUUGAGACGGACAACGACCAGCAGGUCAGCUCGUGGACCACAGAGCUAAAAGAAUGUAUCAGCAACAGGUCAGGCAGCGUGGAUCUGGAGCCUCUCCUCUGCCCAGCUGACAACUCGUCUCCAGUCAAUCAAAGAGGGAGCUCGGAGUUAGGAAGUCAAAGCCCCAUCACGUUUGCCCUGCCCGAGCAGGUUGUCCAGAAGGCUGAUCACUUCCUGUUCUCCUACCCCUGGUUCCACGGGCCCAUCUCCCGCGUCAAGGCCGCCUAUCUGGUUCAGAGCUCUGGACCGGAGGGACAUGGAGUGUUUCUGGUUCGACAGAGUGAGACACGAAGAGGAGACUACGUCCUCACGUUUAACUACCAGGGAAAAGCAAAGCACUUACGCCUCUCGCUAACAGAAUGGGGUCAGUGCAGGGUACAGCACCUGCGCUUCCCCUCUGUUAUGGACAUGCUCGGUCACUUCCGCCUCUUCCCCAUCCCGCUAGAGUGUGGAGCCGCUGGUGCCGUCACUCUCUCCAGCUUCGUAGUGGCGGGCUCCAGCCCUCCAUCACAGGGUCAGCUGUCUGGCGCUCUUCUCGUCCCUUUCUCCCUCCAUCGGUGGAGCUCUGAGCCCAGCUUGGCUCACUGCAGUUUGGCUCGCAGCGUCCCCCAGCCCCGCUCCUCUUGCUCCAGCAGCACCAGCACCACUUCCAGCCCCGGCUCUGUUCCCCAGCCGGGAAACCGCCCGCUCACACGCACCAACCCCGUCCCUGACCCUCCUCCGUCAGCCCCUGCUCCCCUUCGUCGGAGUGAAUCGGUGGGGAGGAGACCCCUGCUUCGCCAUCCCAACCCCCACAUCCCUCAGCGGGACUCUGACUAUGAGCUGGAACCUGACCGCGGUCGCAAGCGAGCGAUAGACAACCAGUACAUGUUGCUCUGACCCGCUGAGUUCAAAAGACCUCCAUCACCUCUGACAGACGGCCGUCACCUGUGAAGCAGACAUGUUCACGCACACAUCAGACAGACACAUUGUGAUACAUACCCCCCCCCCCCCCAGCUUCACGUGCAGUGUGUGAGAUUCUCAGAGUGUGCAUGAUGCUUGCGGGAUUAUAGCAGACUUAUGAACUUCAACGAACAAGUCUUUGUCUGAUGACAAAACACACACUCACUCACUAUGUCGGUGUUGGCCGUGUGUUUACCAGUGUCAGACCCUCACAACCUCCACCCCGAGUGUCCACAGUGAAUGUAUUUUUGGGAGUUUUAUAACAGUAUUGAGUAUGAUGAUUAUUCUCGUUUUAUAGAUGUUGAGGUGUUGUGUGAGAGAGGAAAGGCCACAUGUGUAGCUGUCCUCGAGCCCGGGCAAAAAAUAGUUUUUAAAUGUUUCUAGGUUCGCUUGAUUCAACUUGAUGGGAAGGCACUUCCUGCAAAAUAGGUUAAAUCAAGUGCUCCUUUAAAAUAUCUAAAAGACAUUUACUCUUCACCCACAGACGUUUGUGUGGAGUAAACCUUUUUAUACAAACACACAAAUGAGAAAGCACUCUUAUUGUCUAAACUCUUUAUUAGAUAUUCCUCCUGUUGCGCAUUAUUAUAUAUUUAAGUGCACAAUGCUUUCAGUGCACUUUGGAAACAAUGUGUAUUUUUUCUAUACACAGAUUCUUUUGUAGAAAAAUAAAUAAAUAAUAAAAGUAAAAAGGGCAAAACGUGGUUAAAUUCAGCUGGGAAGCUGUUACUAGAAAAUGAUCUGCUUCCACCACUCCAAAUGUGGAUGUGUUAGUUUUUUGCAUGUGAGAUGAUUGAAAGUGUAGUCCAUCAGCGUGAUUGUGUUGAUCUCAGUCUGGUACAAAACUCACAUACACACUGCUAGGUUUUUUUUCCGAAAUCAGCAUCAAGUAUAUUUGUAGUGUCACUUGCAUGUUACAUUUCAGGCACUAAAGGCAUUAUGUUCACAUAAUCACAUGGUCUCACAGAACUAAGUCCUGCCACAAAAAUCCAAGAACUUUUGAUGAUAAACCAUAAAUAAACCGUGAGGAGGGAGACGAGUUCAUCUUCUCUGUACAGCAUUUUUACUUCAUCUUUGCCCUGAUGGCAACAGCAUGUGGCCAAAAUGUAAUUUGUGCCACAAUACACUUUCUAAGUGUAUACACACAUUAUUGAUGUCACAUUGAUUAAACUCUGGUAAUGUCACUCCAUUGGAUUGAUUUGUGGCAUAUAAAGUAUCUGUGUCACCAAAAUGUGAAAUGCUCAGGUUCUGAAAUAAAUGGUCCGAUCGAGCUAGGUGGGAAUACACCCCGAGUCAGAUAUUCGACACAGCUGAUAUGACGCUCAAAGCGCUGGAAACUUGAAUCCAGGUUUAUCAAGUUUGAUAGUCUCACGUUAAAGUAGAUGUCAUAUGAUGCAACUCCUGCGAGACAGAGUGACACUCAAGUCACACAAGUACUUUUGUAGAUAUAAACAUUUAUUUUCUAACUUCUUUAGGCAAAGCUUAGAAGAUUUUUGGAGUUAGCGUCAUGUGUCCAACUCUACUUUUUACACUCAUAGCAUUAAACAUUUUUUUGGGGUAUUUUAUGUACAAGUUCACAACAGCAGCCAGUAGAAAAACAAAGGUGGAUGAAAAAUAAUAUGUAUAUUUUAUUUAACUUGUCAAGAGCUGACAUACUUAUUAGGAGGUUAUAUAAAGGAAUGCAUCGAAAAAUGAAGCCUUUUACCAAAGCAAGCAAUUAGUUUUUAUUUUUAUCUUGCGACCAGUUUGUUCGGGGUGUUUUAAUCUUCUCCACCUGAGAAGAGCUGAUUUGUAAUCCAAAGUGUUACAUCCCCUCUAGAGACUAACCUGUCGCCGCAAUGGAUUUGUGUCAGUUACGUUCGUACUUGUUAACCAUGUCUCUCCUCACAGAAAAUCUGAUAAACAGUGACCACCAAAAAUCAUUAGUUUUGAUGCACACCAAAGAUGACUUUUUCUGGAAUUUUGUUUCAAUAACUGAAGCUUGACUCCCAUUAGCGGCGGGAUGCCUUUGGGAAAUCGUGUGCUGGGACUUGUCUGUCUUCUAACCUUGCACUACAAGAACUUUAGCAGUUGAUUACGUUUUACAAGUAAACCUAUGCUGAUUUUAUGGUCUAGACCCGAGUCUCUCUGUUCUAUUUCUCAUUGUAAUUCCCUGGGGGGGGGUUUGGUAAGAGAAAGCCAUGAAUGUCACUUGAUUUCCUCAUGAACAUAACCACAGUAAGUCAGCUGUGAUUAGUUCUCUUCUUAAGCAAUAAGUCAGCUUUGUCUACCAAAGGAACAUUUUACAAUGGUUGUGUAGUUCUCUUAAAUGUAUCAUCAUGUUCAAGACUGACAUCUUCAAAGUGUGUAUAAGGGGAACAAAAACAAGGAUGUUUUUGGCAAAAGUACGGUUGGUCUACCUGCCUUUUAUGCGCCCGAGUCUAAACAAAUCCCUCAUCACUUCUGUUUUAUUUUCUGCUAAAGAAAAAGCAACGGUAACCAUAACUAUUUAGAGUAUCAGUUCCCUCUCUUUGCUGAUAUAUUUUUUUUUUUUUUAGGGAGAAUGACUUUGCCUUUGCCAGAAAGCUGCUGUUGCUUUUCCCCUUUUUGAAAGCUCAGGGCAUAUCUGAGAGCUAGCCAGUGCUUCACACCGUUUUAUGUGUGAAAGAAGCCACAGAGGCUUCUAGAUGGAUGAAUUAGGUGAGUGAGAAUUUAAUGUUUGCACCUGCUCAUAGACUUAAGAAGUAUAUUUGAUAAAUCCCAAAGUUCCCAGAAAAGAAAUGCUAUAUUUAAAACCAGGGCUACCACAUUUUCCUAGAGUUUUUUUUUUUUUUUUUUUUUUAAUGGCUUUUCAUUUUGUGUCAUGGUUCACUCCAAUUUGCUGCAAGAAUCGAGUUAACACUUCUGGAAAAUC